AUGAAGUUCCUCUACUCCCUAACAGCGGGCCUGCUCUCCGCGAGCUUGGCCAGCGCUGCGGUUUCGACUGACGGAUCUUGCGGUGGAACGAGCAAAUACACCUGUCAAGGAAGCACUUAUGGAGACUGCUGUAGCCAGUAUGGCUGGUGUGGGUCGUCAGAUGCCCACUGCAAAGCUGGUUGCAACAGCGCGUUUGGAACCUGUGCCGGCAGCACUUCUACACCCCCCAAGUCGUCAACCAAGCCAGCAACAUCAACACGUACGUCUACAGCACCAUCCUCAACACCCACCAAGAAGGUCUCCACCGAUGCGACUUGUGGAUCCACCAACGGCGGCGCUACAUGCUUGGGCAGCGCUUUCGGGAACUGCUGUAGCGGUAGCGGUUGGUGUGGUUCAACCUCGGAUUAUUGCGGAUCGACUUGCCAAUCCGGCUAUGGAAACUGCGGUAGUAACAACCCAUCAGGUACAAGCUCGGCAAAGCCAAGCAGCACAGUGUCUGCUUCAGCGACACCAUCGGCAACCGGCGGCGUUCUCCAAUGCUUGAACGGCAAGAAUGUUCCCUACAAGAUGACCUCAGACAGCGAGUACACCGAGCUUGUCGAGCCCUACAACUUGGCUCUCGGCUACAAGCCAGCUGUCGUUGUGCUUCCUCAGACGCAGCAAAAUGUCCAAGACGCCGUUGUUUGCGCCGCUCAAAGUGGCAUCAAGGUUCAGGCCAAGUCUGGCGGUCACUCUUACGCUAGUUUCAGCUCUGGUGGCAAGGAUGGAUCAAUGAUGAUCAGCCUCCAGCCUUUCCAGAAGGUUGAACUCGACACAAGCACUGGCAUCACGAAGGUCGGCGGCGGUACCCGUCUUGGCAACCUUGCUGACGGCAUCUACACCCAAGGACAGAAGGCACUCUCUCACGGAACUUGCCCUGGCGUCGGAAUUGGUGGUCACUUCACUCACGGCGGUUACGGUCACACUUCUCGUCACUGGGGUCUUGCUAUGGACCAGAUUGUGGCUGCUGAUGUCGUUCUUGCCGACGGAUCGCUCAUCAAGGCGUCUGCAACUGAGAACUCCGAUGUGUACUGGGGUAUUCGUGGCGCGGCCGACUCUAUCGGCAUAGUCACCAAUUUCUACCUCCAGACUCAGGCUGCGCCCUCAAGCAUCACUUACUUUGCGUUCCCAUUCAGCAACAUGUACACUUCGAAGACCACGUUCACCAACGCCUGGCUCCACCUCCAGAGCUUUGCUAAGAACGCCUCGGUCAUCGACAACAAGAUCUCGUUCGGAGUUUACAUGGACAACUACGGCACGUUCAGCUUAAGCGGUGCUUACUUCGGUACCGUUGAUGAGUUCAACACCAAGGUCAAGCCCGAGCUUCUUCGCACUAUGCCCGCAUCCGGCACUGCCACCGUCAAGGCCUACAGCUGGUACGACUACCUCGUCCUUGUUUCCGGUAAGACUCAGAUCAAGGAGCCCCUGUCUGGCUACGACGAGCACGAGAACUUCUUCGCCAAGUCCAUCACCGUCCCAGAGUCCACCGGCCUCACCACCAACGGCCUGAACGCCUGGUUCGACUAUAUCAAGGGUGCCACGACCGAGUACUACACCAUCGUCAACCUGUACGGUGGCCCUGGCUCCGCUAUUAAUUCCAAGGACACCAACUUUGCCGCGUACAACGACCGUGACAGCCUGUGGGUCUUCCAGAACUAUGGAUACAGCACCUCGUCGACAAACUUCAUCAACGGCCUCAACGAUGCCAUCAUCAAGGCGCAGCCCCAGACCAACUUCGGCGCGUACUUGAACUACGUCGACCCCAGCUACGAUGCUGCGACAGCGCACAAGGUGUACUAUGGCGAUGAUCUGUACGCCAGGCUGUUGACGCUGAAGAAGAAAGUCGAUCCCAACAACGUGUUCUGGAACCCUCAGGCUAUUGGCGCCUAA